AUGCAGCGACCCCCCUCUGCUCUGCUUAAAGAGCGAUCAGCCCCAUUUUUUACGUUCCGCUUUCAUCCACCAACCCGCAGAAAUUAUGUGAGAACGAUACAGCAAAACAAGGAGUUUCUAUCUCCACCUGAGCCUCAAAACUGGUACACACUGCUAACCAAACCACCUUCCCAGAAUAAACAACGCUUGGCCAGUUUCCAGAAAGAGGUCAUUGAAGGCCUCCGAUCUCCGGCGAACCGGUCCUUUAGCUAUCUCUUCAUGAAGCCCUUCAGACGGCACCGACCUCUAGCGCAUGCCUCAAACUCCAAGAGCAUUCUCCCCCACGUUCCUAGCUCCUACGACGCUCCAGAGGUAUUGCGCAGACAGGUGAAGCGCAGGUCCAUGCCCUUUCACCUGUCCCAUCGAAUUUCGACGUAUCUGCAGCAGAAGAACCUGGAUGAUAUAGGCUCUGUUUAUUUUGAAAUCCCUACCCCUCGAGCAGCUCAUCUUUCCAUACUACAGCUAGAGCAGCUUCUAUCGCUAAUCCUGAGCAUCAAGCGCGCCAAUCUUGAGACCUCGGAUACGGCAAUACGAAUCUUAGAGGACAUAGAGUGUGAUUUCAACGGGCUAGGACCGCUCGAACAGACAAAACUUGUUUAUUUCUAUGCACGGUUGCAAAUGCCAUUUGAAAAGAUAAUCCAAAAGGUUUUGGAAAAAAGCUAUUUUCAUCCGCACACAUGGCAUCUGCUGCUUGAACUCUACACAUCUCAUACAGACGAGAUUUUGGGAUUGAUGCGGACGCGCGUUUCUCCGGACAGACCGCUGCUGCUCAAAUUACUAGAAAAAAGCUCCUCUUUGAACAGUGUGUUGAAUAUAAUCGAUAUAUUCAAACAACGCCACAUGCACUUGGAUCACGAAGUUCUAAACAUGAUUUUGGUGAAGCUCGCCGUUUUUGACGAGUACAUGGUUGCCAAAUCUAUAUUAGACAUCAUGUUCGAAACCUCACAAAAGAUCGCAGAAAAACCGUUUCGGGUUCAACAGAAUAGCAACCAUGAGCCGUUGAUUCGCAAAUUCACAUUGUACGAGCACCAUGGACUUAUGACGAUACGGCGUCGGCGAAAUUUGGUGAACAAGAUCGAGCUCAUCAACGAGUGGCUACCAGAAAACGCUCCUCUCAUCCUUUAUCCGCAAAGGCCAACUCCGUUUCUAAUGCACCAUUUUUUUGUGGUAAAUUUGAGCUCAGACAUGAGCGUCGCACGCAGGUUGCAAAUUCUCAAUCUCCUUGAGAUGAUGACCGCGGCGAAAGUUCCCAUUCUUAACAAGACAGUGAUUCUUGUGUUGCAGCGUCUUGAAGAGCUGAACGAGCUUGUGCAACAGGAUGUCGAUCUUGUUGCGCAAAUGGUAGAACUAUACCAAGAAUCCAAACGCUUCAACACUUAUUUGGAAACCCAGGCCACAAGUUCGGCUUUCGACAAAGCUGAACUGGCGCCUUAUCUGCUGGUCAAGAGCGACGAUGGCAAGAUUACAUUUGAAGUCGCGAAUGGAGCAGGCUGGAACUCUGAUUGCUACGACCACGUGAUUUUCCACCUUGGCUCGAAGUUGUACCACAAAUCCACGGAAUUGAAGUUUGAGCGACUUGCCGAAUUGCUGCUCCAGCUCCACAAAGAUUAA